AUGCGGGUUCCGGGAGAGAAAGGGCGUGCCCGGGACACAGGUGCCCGGGACACAGGUGCCCAGGACACAGGUGCCCGGGACGGGGCUCUGACCGCAGCAACGCGCAUCACAGGGACCUCCAUAUCUAUUGUCCAGCCGGCUGAGCCCAUCCUGGCCGUGGUGGGAGAAGACACCGAGUUAGGCUGCCACCUGUCCCCGGAGAAAAGUGCCGAGGACAUGGGGGUGUGCUGGUUCCGGUCCCGGUUCUGGCCCGCCUUGCGGCUGUACCAGGGCCAGCGCGAGAGGACAGAGGAGCAGAUGCGGCCGUACCGAGGACGGACAACCUUCGUGAGCGGAGACAUUCGCAAGGGGAGGGUGGCCCUGGUCAUUCACAACGUCACAGCCCGUGACCACGGCACCUACCGCUGUUACUUCCAACAAGGCAGGUCCUACGAUGAGGCCGUCGUGGGCCUGGUGGUGGCAGGUGUAGGGUCCAAGCCCCUCAUUGAGAUGAAGGGCCAGGAGGAUUGGAGUGUCUGGCUGGAGUGCACCUCCACAGGGUGGUACCCAGAGCCCCGAGCAGUGUGGACGGACCCCUAUGGUGAGCUCAUGCCCACCCUGGAGGAGGCUUAUACAGAGGACACACACGGCCUCAUAAAGUCACUCAACAAACACGCCGCCCACAGGUCUGGGGGAGAACUGCGCCUGGGGCCCUGGAUCCCGGGAAACUCGAAAGAGCCUGACCUGGGCAGGAAAGUCACGCCCAGUCCCCCGCGGGGUUGGCUGGGAGGGACGCGCCUGUCGCCCCCGCCUGACCACGGGCAGGGAGAGUUCUCGUGCAGCCCGGGUGCUCUGCGCCGCAGGGCCCGGCUCCCGCUGGAUUUACCCUCUGGGCCAACCGCGGGCCUGUCUGCAGCUCCCUGCCGGCGCCCACGGGCCCGGCCGAUUCAACAGCAACAGUGA